AGUUUUGUUUUAUCGCCUGGGGCAGGAUUGGCGACGUUGAAAGCUCACUGGAGGCAAUUCAGGAGCCACGGUCCAAGGAUUUUUGGGGCUGUAGUUACCUUUCAGAGCAGCGAGAUAAAGUGAGGGUGAAUUAGAAAGGACUUUAGCGGCUGCUUCCUGUCGAUCUGCUCCCAUUCACGCGCCGUGCACGCGGACUGUCAUUCAAAAAAUACUACAGAAACUCUUAGAGCGCUCACGUGUUUCCACCACCAAGCCCGUUUAUUGAACACUUUUCUCCUUUUACUCUAAUAUUUUCUUGUUUGUUUAGUUCCUUUUGGACGCGCGUUGGUGCGUAAACAAGUGGUUUGUUUUUGUGCGUAAAAUCUCCGAAGUGGAGGACUGAUUUUUGGAAUAACGGCAUGGUUUAGGCAGCACAUAUAACCAGCAGGUAUCAUACUGAGGACUUUUUUAGAUUUCUGGGACGAGUGUGAUCAAAGCAGCUCUGUGUUUUUGCUCUUGUUGGAAGAAAAUGGAUCUCCUUUGGACCGUUUUGGUGCUGAAGAUUUUGCUGAUGCUCGCAUCUGCCAGAGGUCCCCCUCGGGUGUCGGAGAGGGUAAACCACCGUCAGAGUGCCCGCCUUGGUCGCACUGUGAAGCUGUCCUGCCCUGUUGAGAGCGACCCCCCUCCACUCAUCAUGUGGACCAAAGAUGGUCGGAACAUCCACAGCGGCUGGACUCGAUUCAAGGUGCUACAGGCGGCUCUGCGAAUCAAAGAAGUGGAGACGGAUGACGCGGGUACCUACAUCUGCAAAGCCACAAAUGGCUUUGGCAGCGUGAACGUGAACUACACACUGAUUGUGAUAGAUGACUCCAGCUCUCGAAAUGGAGCCGGGCCGGUUCCCGCUGACGGCGAGGACACUCUGGAGCUGGCCGGGAAGCUGGUUCGUCCACGUUUCACCGAGCCAGCAAAGAUGAGGAAGCGCGUGAUUGCGCGGCCCGAGGGCAGUUCUGUGCGGCUGAAGUGCACGGCGAGCGGCAACCCUCGUCCGGACAUCGUCUGGCUGAAGGACAGCAGGCCCCUGGUUGACGAGGACAGUGGAGCGGGAGGCGAGGGCAGGAAGAAGAAGUGGACUCUGAUCCUGAAGAACCUGUUGCCCGAACACAGUGGGAAGUACACCUGCCAGGUGUCCAACAGAGCCGGGGAGAUCAACGCCACCUACAAGGUGGAAGUCAUCCAGCGUACCAACUGUAAACCCAUCCUGACUGGCACUCACCCCGUCAACACUACCGUGGACUACGGAGGAAGCACGUCCUUUCAGUGCAAAGUCCGUAGCGACGUCAAGCCGGUGAUCCAGUGGCUGAAACGCCUGGACCCUGGUGAUGAGAACAAAUUUAACUCCACCCUAGAGGUCGGAGAUGAUCGUUUUGUAGUGUUGCCUGCAGGAGAAGUUUGGUCCAGACCUGACGGCUCCUACCUCAACAAGCUGCUGAUAACCAGAGCCAAGGAGGACGAUGCUGGCAUGUACAUCUGCCUGGGUGCCAACACAAUGGGCUACAACUUCAGGAGUGCUUUCCUUACAGUUCUACCAGAUCGAAAGACACUGCUGGACUUUGUACCUGCCGCGCCGCCACCGAGCCUUCUCUGGCCUGUCAUCAUCGGAAUACCAGCAGGAGUGGCCUUCAUCCUGUGCACUGCCCUCCUCUGGUUCUGUAGAUCGAAGCGCAGCUGCUCCUCCUCCUCAUCGUCUUCGUCUGCCCUGCCUGCCGCUCAGCGUCUGCCUGUGGCCAGUCGUGAGCGAGCCUGCCCCGCUCUCCCUCCUCCGUCAGCCAACGGGGACAAGGAUUGCCACUCAUACGAGGACUACGUUGCCCACCAGCAGCUGCUUCUAGCUCAGGCAGGCACCGGAUUGGCCACCAAGGUCUACCCAAAGAUCUACACGGACAUCCACACACACACACAUUCACACGUGGAUGGCAAGGUGCACCAGCAUCAGCACAUUCACUACCAGUGUUAGCGGAGAGGUGAGCAGGUUUUGGAGAAUCGCAUCUAGUUCUUUCAUGGACACGGCCCUUCAGCACAGCCUUCAUCCCUAAAGCUGAUGUACAGAGGAGAGAACCUCCAAACCACUCUGCAAACUCAUGAAGCCGGACAUUGCUCGUAUGUGCUGCAGCCACGUGCUUGCAAACAGACUCCUUCCAGGUAUGAGUUAAAAGGAACGUCAAGAGAAGAAGUUUUCAUUUCAGUGAUUUGGACGGCAGUGCAGCAGGAUAUAUGAGAGGAAAAUCUCUGAAUAGUUUCAACUUUUAUUACACGCGUAAAAAAGAACAUCUGUCUCCAACCCCCCUUUAGACUUCAGUGAGUUAGUGUUAGUGUAUGAACUGUUUGUCUGAGGUUCAUUUCAGAGUUCAUCUCAGGCAUCAGCUCAACUGAGCCAUAACACCAAUCCCAUCUCUGCUGCUGUUUGCUUUUAGCACCUAUCCGCUUUCUGGGUGUGAAACCGCCAAAGGCCUGACCUCAGUGUCAGAUCUGGGCUCCUAAAAAACUCUUCUGUUUUUUUUUUUUUACCAAAUCUUUACCGACUUUUGGUUUUGCUGUCUUAAGCUGCGUUCACACCAACUGUACUUUCUGCGGUGGAAACAAGUAGUUUUAAUGUUAAGUCAAUUUACAGACAAGAUCAGAGGUCCUGAGGCACAACGGCCUGCCAACACAACAAUUCACGCGGCGCAACAACGUAGCAAAAAUUCUUGCGUGCAGGGAAUAUUUGACCACGUGAAUUCAAAAAUCUGAAAUUUGGUAAAGAAUUUCCAUCUUGUUAACUAAUCAGGAACUCACCUCAGGAGCUUUGGCCCCUGAGGUGUUGAUGACACGAUCAGUGGGUGGAGUCCAAAACCAACAAGGAGGAAAAUCUGAUCGCUCUCCUCCUGACCUUUAAGACAUUUUCCUUAGUGCAACGAGCCAAUAAUAAAAAAAGAUCUUCAAAUUUUAUUGUUGUCUUUAUUUUUCCUCCUUGGACUAAUGUGGGACAGCAAACUGGGUCACAGAGGGACAGAAGUACUCUAUGGUGAACCUCACUGUACUGGGAAACUUCUGAAUGUUCUCAUGAAUCCCGACAUGGAGACGUGGUUACCGAUAAACCUGAUCUCUCCACACAAUCUGUAUCUUCCAUCCAUUGUAAAUGAGAUAUACAGUUAAUGUCUCCAUGUUCUGAUGAGGCUAAAGACUUUGGACAGUAGCUCCUCCCACUCGCGUCAAAGCCAUCUAGUUUACGGACAUUUUCAGACAAGCGUCCAGCAGCAAAUUCGCAGUGCGUCUAAACCGAGGCAGAAUAUUGCCGCACAAAUUGCGUUUGGUGUGAACGCAGACCAUUCUACUCAGCAGCUACUGUUAACCAGUCAGAAAAUAAGCAAAAAUAAGGUUUAUCAAUAAGCUCACUUGUGCUGAAGAAUUUUGUUAAUAACACAUUGUUAUGAAACAGUAACUGCGAAAGUAACAUAAUCACCUUUUUAAAGUGAGAUUUUCUUUUUUAGAAACUGAAUUUUUUGUCUUGUAUUUCAUAAUUUAGAUGAGGGAUUUUCCGCUUCAGUCUAGAUUUUGAUGUUUUCCAGGUUACUCUGCUAAACCCACCUGAUCUGACUCAUCAUUGAUCAUAAAGCAGAGAAACAGAGAAAAUACAAGUACUGUUACAGACCGCUUUGUUUGUUAUGUCUCUUUUUAUGCAUUGGAACAUUUGAGCUUUAUUUGCUCCUGCUGCAUGAUGGGAUGUUUUCUAACUUCAUGAUGUGAAUCAAACGAUAAAAGCAGAUGCAGCAGAGCUCCACACAGGCCUUUUUUUUUUUUUCUUUUCAAAGUUCAUGCCUCUGUGUGUGCUCAUGAAUCUGAGCAAACAUUCAGGAAAAAGAUUUGGGAUGGGAUAGAAGAUGGAUGAGGUUUUAGCUUGUUUCCAUGACAGCGCUCCCUUCGAAUGGCCUGUUUGGUCAUUUAUGUCAGGAGCACAGGGACAGAUUUUUCCAGGUUUAGACAUAAAAUGUAAAAUCUGUCAAACGUUUUGAUGUGAAAAACGAAUCAGACUCAACAGGAACUUGACAAGCGUCUCCAUGCAUCCCUUCCUGUGACAGGAAGCAGUGAUGGAAAUCAUCUGGCAACGUUUAGUUUUUGUUUUUUUUUACAUUUAUUUUGCACAUAAAUCUUUAAACUAGAGAAGGACUAUGUAUGAAUAUAUUUUUAUAAAGAAGUUCUGUACUCCUUUUAUUGUCAUGCUAAUCCCUGGUUACUGCAUCAGCUCGUGGAUGCAGGGCAGAAAAGGUUAAGCCUUGACUUGUUUGAGUUCUAACCCUGUGGAGUUUUUCUGUCCCACUGAUUCAGCUGAGAUAAAAACAUCGUGGUCAGCAAUUACUGAAAACACCCUCCUGUGAUCCUCUCUACAAUUACACUCAGAGUUAGAUGUUAUUCUGCCGUUUUAAUGAUUGUGGUGCUCUUUGCCUGCAAGAGUCGGGAAAAAUUUCUUUUUUUUUUCUAUACAUUUUUCUUUUCUCAAGUCAUCUUCUUGGAAAGUGUAUUCCUUGUACUAAAAAUUUUUUCAGGGUUUGAAGAAUGAAUUUUCUUUUUAGGGAAAGUUGUUUCUCAUCAGGAUAGGCCUUUUUAUUUUUCCUAUCAAAGCUAACAGACUGCCAUUAAAGAAACUGUGUAUUUGUGCACCAACCACUCGUAUGUUCAUAAAGUGACAUUAUCGUUGUAGGAUGUCAUAAAGUCAGAGUGUUUUGGACCAUACGCAAGCUCUAACACAAAAACCUUGUAAAUGCAUACAUUUUAUUGAGUGAAAUAAAAGGUGUGUUUCUAAUUUAUUUUAUUUCUUACAUGUUUAUUUUUUCCAUAUAAUUGGGCAUUAAACUGCAUGAAUUAAUUUGGUGUUACAGUCAUGUUGUAAUCUAUGUAGCAAAUGUCAUGUAUGAUAUUGUAUAUGUGCUGUCCAAACAUACAAAUCUUAUCAGUUAUCUGUGUCGACAAUCUUGUACAGUCUGUCUUCAUUUAGAUUUUUUUUUUGAAUGUCUCCUUUUUUGUAGACAUAUUAUCAGUGCCAUUAAAAAGGACAAAUGUGAAU